UGGAAAGGCUUCAAAAGUGGUAUGGUGACACACCUAGGGAGUCAUGUUGGUACUCGUGUGCAGAACUUGGACCCAGACGGCCAGAAGGUGAAUUGUGCUGAAUCAAAACAACGUCUCCUCUCCCUUUUCCAUCUCUGGCAGCCUUUCUGUUUUUCCCUCUGUGUGAGUCUGUGUGUGUCUGUGUGAGUCUGUGUGUGUCUGUGUGUGUCUGUGUGUGUCCGUGUGAGUCCGUGUGUGUAUGUGUGUGUCCGUGUGUGUCCGUGUGUGUAUGUGUGCGUCUGUGUGAGUAAUUACAGGCCAGAUGAGGAAAGAGAGGAGGAAAAAAAAAAACUUUGGUGAACUUUCUCUUUCUCCUCCUCUUCCUUCCAGUCAGCACAACUUGUGGAGCUCCGCACCCACCAAGAGGAGACCCAGCGAGUCCCGGAUCCAGCUUUCGGUGCCUUUCUUCCGAGUCCCUCACCUUACUCAGCCGCGCCAUACGCACAAAGGCGGGGCAGGUAUACGGUUUCUCUUGGACAAUGGAAACCCAAUCAGGAAAUGGAGAGGAGGCGGCGUCCUGGAGCAUCCACACCAAAGGUCACCGCGGGCCACAGGUAGACGCACCGGAAGACCCGGUGCUCCGAGAGGACCUGGAGGCGGCAAAGAGGAUCGAAAAGUUCGACAUCCCGCUUGACAGCCUGAAAAGGAUGUUUGAGAAACCAACCGAGCUGACAAGCGUCCACGCGGCGCCAUCCAAGCGGGUGACAUCCAGAAGUCCUAAGCUGCCCGAUCAACCGAAAGAAAAGACAAUGGCCUUGCAUCGGGAUGACACUUUUUCUGCAGGCGCAGAAGAAGACCUUCUUCAGGAGAGUCGGGCCCCCGACGCCGACGACCGUGAGGCCAGCGAGUCUGUGUCUCUGAAAGAGCGGCUGGCCAUGUAUCAGGCCGCGGUGUCCCACAAAGAAAGCGGCAGUUCGUCCUCUGCAGCGGUCAUGGACGAGUCUGAGGCCUGUUCACUUCCUGGUGGCCUGGCCAGUGUGAAGAAACAGUUCGAGAACCAGGAGUUUGCCUCCUCGUCCUCCCAGUCCAGCAGCACCCAGUUCCAUUUUCAGCAGAGAUCUGUGCAGGAGUUGUGCCAUUCCUCCGAGGUGACGGUGAGAAGCAGUGUCAGAGAGGUCGCCCCCUCCACGGCCAUAUUUCAUAAAGAGGUGGUCCACGACGAGCGAGUGCACCAGAACAACGUGGCCGGCGUUCACGGACACCAUCACAAUGACACAGUUAGGCUUGCCACAGGAGACGACCUACCCAAGGUUUCCACUCAGGCUUUGAAGCAGCAGUAUGAAAAAACCAUCGAGGAAGCAACACCAGCCGAUGAAAUUAAGGUCGAUAUGGAUGUUAACCAGUUUCAGUGGACUCCAGUAAGCAAGUUAUCCGAAGCUUCAGCCAAGACCAGCCACAAAUACUCCUCAUCUGUGAAGACCACUGCCUCAUCUGCAGUUUCAUCAGCCGCUAACGAAACAACAGAAUAUUUCCCUCCUCCUCCUCCGAUGAGUCUGCUGGAGGUACCACAACAAGAACUUGAGAGCAGUUCCCAAGCCUCCCAACAUAAAACCACUGUCAACAGGGAGCAGUACUUUAAACAUAAGAGCAUGGCUGAACUGAAGCGCCUCUACAAGCACAUUCAUCCAGAAGUCCGCAAGAACCUGGAAGAAGACUACCACAGUCAGCUUACCGAGGCGCAGCAAACCUUUCUGGAAAAUCAGGAGGUGGUGGGAGACGUUCAGCAGGCAUGCUUUAUGUUUGAAAAUGAGGGUUCGAGUGGGAGUACGAGUCCUGACCGAGAAUCCGUGGAGUGGGACGAGAUCCUUAAAGGAGAAGUUGAAUCCAGGCGCUGGAUGUUUGAAAACAAGCCACUGGAUACGAUUAAAGAUGACAGUCCCAAUGAGAAUGAGGAUAAGAAUAUUGCACAGCAGGAAAUCAUUGCCGGUAAGGAUGUCAGAUACACAGCAUGGAUGUUUGAGACUAAGCCCAUUGAUGCUCUGGGCAAUGAGAUGGAGGAUUUUUCCGAACAGACACAAAAAGUGACUGAUCUUGCAAAAGGUGACGUCCGUACCGCUACUUGGCUCUUUGAGACGCAGCCUCUCGACUACCUAAAUAAGAUCUACCAAGAUGAUGAACAGAAUGGUGAGACUGUUAUCACCAAAGACAUCACUGGGGGAGAUGUGAAAACUGCCAGGUAUCUCUUCGAGACCCAGCAUCUUGAUUCCCUGGGCAAAACUGAAACUUUUGAGGAAAGCCACUUCCUCAGCCUGAAGUCUGAGAUGGAAGAGUUAAAAGGGGAUGUGAAGACGACCACACGCAGGUUUGAGACUCUGCCCAUGUGUGUCAUUAGGGGGGAUGCUGGAGAGAUGCUGCAGAUCACCACCAUUCGCAGGGAGGAGACAGAGAAAGGAGAUGUUAAGACGUCACGCUGGAUGUUUGAAACCCAGCCCCUAGAUACAAUUAACAAAGACCUUGUAAACGUAAAGCUCAUAUGCGGUAUUUCCAUGGAGGACAAUGUUCAAGGCGGAGUCAACAAAGGGAGAUGGCUUUUUGAGACAAAGAAUCUGGAUACCAUCAAGGACGAGGAGUGGGAGAUUUCCAGGAAGCAAAAGGAAGAGAUAAUUGGAGCUGAUGUGAGAAAACACUGCCUGGUGUUCGAAACUCAGCCUAUGGAUAUGCUGAAGGAUAAUGCCAAUGCCAGACCUGUCCCUUCUGAGGAGAUUAUAGGAGGUGAUGUGCGAUCAGCGAAACACCUGUUUGAAACUGUGCCAAUGGAACAUCUCAAAGAACUGAUGGAAGUGGGGAAACUUGAGAAAAGAGUGGCAACUGAAGAAGAAAAGGGUGAUGUGAGACAUCAGAAGUGGGUGUUUGAAAGCCAGCCUUUGGAGAGCAUAAGAGAGGAGAAAAAAGAAAUUCUAAGAACUGUGAAUAUUGAAGCUCUAGAUAAAGGAGAUGUGACAAAUUAUAAGGAAAAAUUUGAGUGUAUGGAUUUAAGUAAAUGUGAAGGGGCACAGAAAAUUCAAGUUGAGGGCGUCACAAGCGGCUCAGUGGAAUCCAACAGAGUUCUUUUUGAAUCUACGCCUAUGUAUGCCAUGCAAGACAGCUCUGGCCACUACCACGAGGUAAGGACUGUGACACGAGAAGAGAUAGUCAAGGGAGACGUGCAUAGUUGCAGAUGGAUGUUUGAAACACGACCUAUCGAUGAGUUUGAUGACAGCAUCAACAAGUUUCAGCUUAUCAAAGGCAUUUCUAAACAAGAGAUCGAGUCAGGGGAUGUCAAGACGGCCAAGUGGCUCUUUGAAACUCAACAGCUUGAUUCAAUCAAACAUGUUGACAGUGAAGAAAAGGAGACUAUAGAAAAGACUGAAAUUGAGAGAGGUGACGUGAAGACUUGCAGGUGGCUGUUCGAGACACAGCCGAUGGAUGCCUUGUAUGAAAAGGUGGAGAAGAGCGGUGCGAAUGUUGAGGAAGUGCAGAAAGGUGAUGUGAAAACCUGCACUUGGCUCUUUGAGACCCAGAGUCUUGACAACAUACGUGACCAUACAGAGUUAGAGUCUGAGACCGUUUUGAAAACCUGCACUGUAAAACAAGAUGACAUCCAAGGGAAAGAUGUGCGGCUGGCCCGCUUCCUUUUUGAGACAGAGAAUCUCGAAAACCUCACCGGCGAAGACAGCGGCUCUUUCCGGAAGGUCACGGAAAUCGACAUUCAGUCGGGUGAUGUUUCCAAAAUGAAGUACAUUUUUGAGAAUCGCUCAUCAGACAUAAUGACCUCUACUUCGAAGGAAACAAUGCAGCGGCUAAAGAUGCAGCAGGCUGAAGACAUCCAGAAGGGCAAUGUCGUCAACUGCACCUGGAUGUUUGAGAAUCACCCGAUCGAUGCCAUCCAUGAAGAGUCCAAAGAAGAGAGAGAAAGGAAAACGGUCACUGAUGUCCAAGGGGGUAACGUUGACAAAGGCCGCUUCAUUUUUGAGACAUUCUCUCUGGAUCAAAUUAAGGACAAAACCACAGAGUCUGAAAUGACAACGCUCACAAGCAUCUCUAGAGAGGAAGUCGAGAAAGGAGAUGUUAAAAACUACACCAUGAUGUUUGAGACUCAACCACUGUAUGCUAUCCGCGACAAAGAAGGUCAUUACCAUGAAGUCACCACUGUCACAAAGGAGGAGAUCAUAAGAGGAGACGUGGUGGGAGCCAGAUGGCUAUUUGAGACUAAACCUCUGGAUUCUAUCAGAGACUCUGAGGAGGUUUAUGUUAUAAAAUCUGUUACCGAAGAAGGCGUCAACAAAGGAGACGUCAGCUCCGCCAGAUGGAGAUUUGAAACCCAACCUCUUGAUGAAAUUUCAGAAGAAAUAAAAAUCAAGUCGAAAACAGUUGCAGACAUCCAGGGAGGUGAUGUGAAAACAAGUAAGCAUAGAUUUGAGAGUGAUGAGAUGUCACAAAAGUACAUCAGAACGGUCAGCGUUAGCGAAAUCCAAAAGGGGGACGUCAGAUCGGCUACGUGGAUGUUUGAAACCCGUGCAAUUGACGAAAUUGGCAGCGAGGGAGAAGAGUAUGACGGUAUGGAGAAAGUGACGAAAGAGGAAGUUAUGAAAGGGGAUGUUAAGCAGUCUGUUUGGCUUUUUGAGAAGCAGCCUCUUGAUAGCAUCAAAGAUACAGAAGACACAACUCUGCUAGUCCAAAAGGAGGAAAUCCCACAGGGUGAUGUAAAAACAACAACAUGGCUUUUUGAAACGACGCCUUUCCAUGAAUUCAACGAGAGCAGUGUGGAAAAAAGAGACAUCAUGGGCAAAAGCGUCAAAGAGACACUCGAGGAACUGUACAGUCAGAAAAUGGUCAACUCGCAAGGUGUCCUUAUUGAGGCAGAUGAAAUUGGUGAUGUUCGCAUGGCCAAGUACAAGCUGAUGAACCAAGAGGCCCCGCAAAUCCAAAAAGAAGAAAUUAUUCGUGGCAACCUGAGCAACAUCAUGAUGAACCUCCUGAAUCGCAGGGAGAUCACGGAGAGGGCGAUAACUAUAGACAAGGAAGAGCGGGGCAACAUCAACACCACAGUCGAGCAACUGUUCAACCAAGAGACGGGCAGCCAAAUCGAAAAAGAAGAAAUCCUCCGAGGCGACAUUCAGGAAGCCAUAAAUAGCCUUCUGAGAAAUGAGAGUUCUUCCAAGCGUGGUAUUCUGAUUCAGGAGGAUGAGAAAGGAGAUGUGAGGAUGACAAUCUAUUCCUUAUUGAAUAAAGAGGAACGAGCUGGCAUGGAAAAAGAGGAUAUCAUUCAAGGCAACGUCAGCAAAACGCUUCAUCGCCUCCUCUCCAACUCAGGGGCAGAGGACUCGAAAAAGAUAAGGGUAGAAGACACAGAACGGGGCAAUGUCAGCUUUUACUCCACGUGCAUAGAAUCUGGAGCCUUGGAGUACUUGAGGCAGCUUCAGUGUGAUACAGACGAAACAGAGCAAGUCGUGGAAAAGGAGCAUAUCAUUGGUGGGGAUAUCGAGGAAACUAAAAUCUUGCUUAGAAAGAAUCAACAGGAGAUAGGUCGCACAGUGGCAAAGGACGAUAUAGUCCCUGGUGAUGUAUGCAGCAUUGUUCAAGUCUUUAUGACAGAGCCCAGUGUUACUUUCCGAAACCUCGACAAUCAAGACAUCGUUAAAGGGGACCUUAGUGCGGCCUUGGAUUCGCUGACUCAAGCCAUCAAUCAGAAAGUGGUGCUAGAGAAAGAGGAUGUGGUAAAAGGAGAUUUACCCACAACUUUGAAAUCUUUGGAGAAGGCUCAGCAUCAGUCCAAAGAAAUGGAAAAGCCAGAAAUCAUCCGGGGAAACAUUAGAGGUGCUCUCGAGUCACUAGAGAAGUCUGCAACUGUAAAAACGGAAGUGACUGUUGAAGAUUUAGUGCCAGGCGAUAUCAGAGGAACGCUGAAGUCCCUGGAGGAGGCCAAACGAGCAGUGAAGGAAGUUGAAAGAGAGGAGAUUGUUAAAGGAGACAUUCACACCGCAAUGCAAGGUUUACACGAGGCAUCCAGUGACAAAAAAUUAUAUCAGCAUCAAGUGAGUGAACAAGGCGAUGUUAAAGGUACCAUCCAGCUCCUUCUUGAGCCAACGACCAGCCCAAGAAUGCAGCGCAGGGGGAGCACCGAGGGAGAUGUGAAAACAUCCAUAAAAUCGCUGUAUGCCGAACAAGAAACAUUUGUGGAAAAAGAGGAAGUAGUGAAAGGGGACGUUCAAGGUGCGAUAAAGUGUCUCAUGCAAAAAAAACAUUAUUCAAAGCCAAAACGCAUCCAUUCUCUCAAGAAAGCAAAGGCUCCGCAGAAAAAUCCAUUAACUGUAAAUCAAGUGGUGCACGAGGGCUCGCGUGAAGAAAAGAGUGAGAGCAAAACAGGCAGUUCAGAUGCCGCUGUAAAAAAUAUCUCUCAGAGCUGUGAGUCACAGAAGCACAAUGAAAGCAAACUGGUGAAAACACAGGUGAUUACCAAUGAGACCUCUGUAGCCAAAACCCACAAUACUGCUGGGGCCGCUCCACAAAAGAGCAUGAAAGAAGAGAGGCACAAAGUGCUUCUCCCACACAAAACACAAUCCCAAAAGCCCAUUAUGAUAACGACUAAACAAACGGCUAAUUAUGAGCAGGCAAAAACGAAGUCCGCUGAUGUGAAUACAAUUAUAGAGGCACACGAUUUAUCGCAGACAAAUAUAUCAGACAAGCAAAUGUGCGAAAUAAAAUCAGUCAAACAGGUAAAGACAACAGUCGUGCAGAAGACUGUCUCACACAAACAAAAUGUCACAAUAUCCGAGCAGAGCUCCACAUCUAAAAAUGUCAUCCAAGAUAAGACUCAUACACAAAAGCAAGGCAUUAAAAACAUGAAGACUGACUCUCGUAACCUUGACAUGAUGACGCGGGGCGUAAACAAAAAGGGGAAACCAGAAAUUAAUUUCCCUCCACCUCCCGCAUCUCCACCUCCAUCCUCAGAGUCUGAGUUUUCCCUCCCUCCCCCGCCAUCUCCAAUCCUGGAAAACCCAGCACCUCUGAUGUCUCAGCCUUCCACUGUGACGCUGGAGAGUGAACUCCCGCCGCCGCCGCCACCACCACCUGUUGAAUGUGUCAAAUCAGAGCCGGAAUUUUUUCCUCCUCCUCCUCCCUCUUGGACUGGACAAGAUUUCCUUCCUCCACCACCUUCCCAGGAAGAUCUUGGCACAAUCCCCCCACCUCGGCCUGCAAAUCCAGGGAAACCCAUUGGUAAGCCUUUGUUUAAAGUGCCCAAACAAGAAGAAGCACCAAAGCCCGUACCGGCAAAACCAAAAUGGCAAAAAAAUCUGCAAAGACCUACUCAGCUUCACCUUGACCAAGUAACAACAUCUACUGUCACAGAGGUCAAAGUUCAAAAAAGUAUACCAGGGACAAGCCAGAAAAUUGAAGCGGACCCGAAAAUACAAAGCGUUGCUUCUGCUAAACUGACACAAAAAGAAACACCACCACCACCACCCAAAAAAACAUUUCUUCCCCCCAUUAGGUUGCCUCCACCACCUGAACCUGUUCCUGAAACAAAACCGAGGCCCUACGCUCGCAAAUUCAAAACUCCCCUAAUGCUCGCCGAGGAGAAAUACCGUCAGCAGACAAUGGAGAAAGAGGAAACAGAGAGAAGUACAGUCGCAACUCCCACAACUCCUCCAGUAAAUGCACAGGUUCUCUCCAAUAUCGACAGUCUGCAGCUUUCUGCAUCAAGUAAGACUGAAAAAAGAGAGACCACAGAAGCACCCAAAGAACAAGUACACAUUUCCAAAGAGGAACCAAAAGCACAAUAUGUAGCCACCAAUGAAAGUCCAUCUCAGAUUCCUCAGACCAAGCCCUUGAUGUCAGUGGUAAACAAGAAAGUAGCCCCAGAGUGUUCCGGUAUUUCUUUGGAGAACCAGCAAAAAACACUAUCCUCAAAAGUCACCAUAAAGAAUCAGGUAGCACCUUCACCUAAGGGUCCGCCUAAUUCUGAACAGAAACCCUCCAAAAUAGAAGUCCAGUCAGCUUCUAAUGUUGUCACCUCUUCAGUCACCGAGCAGCAGUUCAUUAAGCAGUCCAGGGUCAGUACUGUCAUGCAGACUGCGCCGUCAAAGGAAAAUAUAAAUGUCCAAGGGCAGGCCGCAGCUUUACCGAGAGCUCAGGAUGCCAAAAACCUCACUGAGUCGUUCACGAAAGAAGGCAAAAUACCCCCGUCUCAACCCACAAAAAUUCCAAAGGUAACUCCCAGUUUCAAGGUGAAAACCUUUAAGAUGCCGCCAGAGAAAAAAGAGAUGCAGAGCCAAAAAGAGGCAAUGAAAGAAGUCCUCCAUUUGCAGGGGAGUGAAGCAAAAGUGACCCAAGAAAGCUCCCAGAUGAGGUCAUCCGCAACAGAAGUGAAAGUAAAAGCAACGGAAAAUCAAGAAAGUCAGCUGAAGAGUGAGAAACUUGUGCAAAUGAAUGAAGCCAAAGAAACCCUGCCAGCAGCAGUCACUGUUUUAAUGCCCAAGAAGGAGAAGAUAACAUCUCCGGCAGCAUCUGUGUCCCAUGUUCAGCAGAGCACAAGGGCAGAGCAGGUCCAAAGGCGACAUGAAGUGGUUGUGACGGAGAGGGUGGUGCAACAAAGCUCUCAGAGCCAUGAAGUUGCACAUAUGCACCAAAAGCAAACUCAGCAACAAGUGGCGGAAACAAACAAAAUGCAGAGAGCAUCGGGAAAGUCCAAAAGUGAGCUGAAGAGCGCGUCGGUCAAAAAGGAGGCUCAUUCCGAGGAGGUCCAACAAUCAGACAAAUGCUGUGAAAUGCAGAAGCUGCUCACUCAAAUCGAGCAGCUUGAGGGAACGCCGAGCAAGAUUGACUCCACCACCGUCAGCGUGAUUAUAAGUGAUCUCCCUGAUUGGCUGCUUGGCUCGGUGGAGAGAAAGAAUUUGAGCGGUAUUGCCAAGCAGUCAAAUAAGAAAAAGUUGAAAGAGAUGCUGGUUUAUUUGAAGAAUAUCGUUCAAGUUAGGUACACAACUCUGGAGGAGAAGUUGACAGUGGAGGUAAAAGAAAAGGAGGCGCCGCCGGCAGUGCUUCCAAAACCAGGGAAGAAGGUGUUCAGUGGCGUGACGACUAAUAUAUCAAAAAUCAGUACGAGAUCGUCUGAAGAAAGAAAGUCUCUCCAAGAGAAGAAAAAACAGGAGCUGAGUGAAGCAACAGAUCAGAGAGCACACUCCCCACUGGCGAGCAUUCGCACCCCCUCGCCCACCUUCAUCAGCAUCGAAUCCAGGAGGAUAGAGUCACCGCUUAGAGGUACCCCAUCACCACAGCCGUACAGGUCUGUUGGGACGCCGCCGCCCGCACCUCGUAAGCAGUUCACAACCACAACGGCCUUCAGGGCCACACCAUCUCCCACAAUGAGCCGCUCAGAGAAGCUGAUGAAACUGAAAGACGCUUCUCCAAAGCAUUCCGGCGACCUCACCCCACCACCUCCAAUGGUGACAUCGGAGGUGUUUGUGAGUGCCGAAUUCUCUUCGUCUGUCGGACAGGCCACUCCCACGGUGAGGACUGAGCAGGGCUUGGUGGAUACGGCAGAAACUGGUGACUCCAUGAUGACGGUCAAAGAUAAAAAGUCUUUCUUUGAGGAGGCCCGGAAAGCAGAAGUCAGCAAGUUGUAUCUAAGAAAGGAUCCGAUUGACAUCCCUGAACGUCUCGAAGCUGACACUGAGGAGAAAGUGCAGGUUUUGACUGCAGACAUACCAAAAGAGGAUCUUCCCAAAGUGGAUUUGACUAAACUGGUGAAUAGAUUUGAAUCCACACGACCGAAAGUCUACACCAGGAAGGAGCCGAUUGUCAUCACAGAAAGGCUUGGGAGUGACACAGAGGACGCAGAGGCCGAACCGCAGACACCCCGAACAGAAGAACUGCCGACCUUCAACGUCAAAGCGAUAAAGAAUGUGUUCGAAAGUGGCGAGCACAGUUCUCAGGCAGCCCGAGAUCUACGGGAACAAAUUGAGAAAAGGGAACCGGACUUUCCGCACGCGGAAAUGUCCUCCGUCACCGAGCGGUUCUGCAGCGUUGAUGACUUUGGCAACAUGAUGAGGAGUGAGGUGCAUUCUGGGAGCUCUCUGACCCGCGGUAACCCUCCAUCCUACGCCGACGUGGUGAGAGGAUCGCUUCCAACUGUUGCCGUGCCCCCGGAAGCCUCCGCCGAGGAGCUGCUGAGAAACUUCCAACAGUCUUGGGCUGAGGGCCAAGGAACCUUCCAGAAUGUGGGCUUCAGUGUCAUGGAGCAGAGAAGUUCCCAGAUUGUCACACAUCAGCAGGAGACUGUCGUGACGGAAGACUCGAGUUCCAGACGCCGAACUGUGCAGGGCGUGUCGGACGAGGGUGUACCCCAUGGAAUCUCUGAUCGCAGACAAGCAAAACUUCCAUAAAAGCUGUUUCCGCUGUGAACACUGCAGAGGCAAACUGAGUCUCGGCAACUACGCCUCUCUCCAUGGACGGAUGUACUGCACGCCACACUACAAGCAACUUUUUCGGGCCAAAGGAAAUUACGAUGAAGGCUUUGGCCAAAAAACACACAAAGAACUAUGGAGCGCUAAAAACCCAAAGGAUUCAGG